CGAUACGAAUCACAUCUUGGAAUAUUGCUGUGAACACUCUUCCAAUCGAAUGCCGUGUCGAACCGGCUACAUUUUCGAAAGCAUAAUCUAUGCAUAUUUCGACCUCAUCAACCUCAACCGGAACUAUAUCGAAAACAACGCCCAAAAAAAUAUGCUACCCAUAGAGAACUUCAGCUGAAGACAAGCACAAACAAUCAGGCGAACGUGCAGGCGCCGACAACCAACUGCAGCAGCUAUCACGCAACAACCAGGAAAUUUGUUCAGUUGUGCCUCCCGCCGGCGAUAAACUGCCAAACAAUGAAACUUUCUUAUAAAUUAUCCUAUUUCCUCAAUCUAUAUUUCAUUUUCGCGACAACGACGGCCCUUUUCGCGAAGUCCUCGACGGCCGCCAAACCAUCGAAGGACGUGCCAAGCAUCGACCUCGGCCAUCAUCCCGCGUUGUUGUUGUUGCCGGGUGGAAAGGACACAGCAAGUUCAGCGCUGGCAACUGCUUGGGACCAAGGUGCCAAUAAUGGGAGGCGAAGUUUGUCCACCCCACCUCUACCCCUGGUGGUGCGAGAUAAAUCAGCACCGGAGCGUAGUGACUUUCGCGAUGCGGCAACACAAUUCCUCGCACAUCCCAAACCGGUUAAUCAUCAUUUUUCCUCCCCUGGUUCGAUGCUUUCGAGCUCGAAAGUGCUGGCAGGGGGAGAGUCACACGGUGGCAGAAACCGGACGAAGGUGAAUUUUAAUAUUUUGUACGAGAGUCACCCCCGGGAAGAUGCUAACGAGAGCGUUGGCGUUGAUGAUCGAUUCGGGACGGCGGAAAGCGGGACUAGUGGAACUACUCGAAACAAUGAACCGGAGAUGAGUGUUUCGAGACAAAACUCGGAAAGUGAUGAGGGAGAGUACGAUGCGUUCGAUGCCAGAGGUGAUAAUUACGAGGAUGACAAAAUAAUCAAUCCGGCGGCUUUGGAUAAUUUUUUCGAUAAGUCGUCAACCGGAGAGGGCUCUUUGCUGGGUGGUGGAGGAAGACUGGAGAAUAAAGGCACUACCGAAUCCGACUAUGACGGUGAGGAGGAGGACAGUGACGAAGGAAGUGAGAUUGAUGAAGACUCCUACGGCGAGGGAGGUGAUAUACUGCCAGUGGAUGGAGCGUUUGAGAGUUUUGGCAAAACCGGUGAAGAGCCCGGGGUGAAAGGUGAUAGUGCACUGCCUUAUUUUUUGGUGGAACCUCAGAGCACGCAUGUUAUUAGAAAUAAACCAGCGAUUUUGAAGUGCAAGGCGGCGAAUGCGUUGCAGGUGCACUUCAAAUGUAGCGGUAGUAACAAGCCACCGCCAUCGGUGGAGGAAUCACACGUGGAUCCACACAGUGGCGUUCACUUUCAGGAAGUGACAGCGACUAUAUCGCGGGACCUAGUGUACGAGUAUUUCGGAAAGCCGCCGUUCAAGUGCGAAUGUCACGCAUGGUCUCCCCGAGGGAAGACCAUAAGCCAACCGGCAUCGAUCGUUGUUGCGUUCUUUUGCAUUCAAAAGGACUUUCGCAACGACAUACUGGAGGAAUUAAAGGUGGAAAUUCGGACCAACUUCAAAACGUUGAUCGACGCUGUACCAAAAACAUCGGUUCCUGGACCGCGACAAUUUUCCUUUAAUUCUGCUAAAAGAAAGAGAGACAACGAUGAUACAGGCUCCAAUCUUUUUAAGCUGCUACGCUGUGGUACUGAUGCCGCCGGUUCAUUGACACCAUCCAUCGCUGUGAAUCGUGAAGAUAAAAAGUUUUGGUUGUACCUGUUAGGAAUUUCACCCGAUGUUCCCGAUGAAAGCGUCACCAAACUGCGGAUAAACUCGGAAAUUCGGACAUCACUGUCGUCAAUAACAUCGCCUGUUUCACAUCCUGUAUUGCCUGUUCCCGAAGUUGUCGCACAAUCCGAGCCGUUUCUUUCCGUUUACUACCAGAACGUGCGAGGAAUAAGAACGAAAACACAAGAAUUCCAUCUAGCGCUUUCUUCUAGUGACUACGACAUCAUUGUCCUAACGGAAUCCUGGCUGCGACCGCAACUCAACAACCAGUCAUCUGCGUCGAGGUGGUGGCGUCCUAAUAGCGGUAAAGAACAACCUCGUUGGCUCGCAGCUAAACUUGUCUGGAAUUGA